AUGACAGAAGAAUCAGCAAAUACACGAAAAUAUGUUCCACGAGAUGCACGUCUUGUCCAUCUUAUUCUGACAUCUCUUGGAGUUGAAGCAUAUCAGCAGAAUGUACCUUUACAAUUAAUGACAUUUGCACAUCGAUAUAUAUACCAAGUUUUGCAAGAUGCAGUGGCAUAUUCUGACUAUGCACGGCCAGAUAGUGCAACAGAGCUGACGAUUGACGAUAUUCGACUGGCAAUUGCAUCUCAAGUGAAUAAUUCGUUCCGAGGGCCUCCACCCAAGGAGUUUCUGCUUGAGUUAGCAACAGAACGUAAUAGAAAGCCUCUUCCUCCGAUUAAUCCUACAUAUGGCUUGCAUCUUCCUCCAAAAAAAUAUCUCUUAACUGCACCGAAUUGGGAUUUUGAGUCCUCUGAAGCAGAGAAAAAUGAGGAUUCUGAGCCGCUUAAUAUGGAGGUAGAUGCAUCCCAUUAG